GUGUGUAGUACCAAUGUACCAUAGAAUAAUGUUCUAUGCUAAAUAAUGUUCCGUCUAUUUCUUUAAGUCUAUGGUGAUAUCACGAUGUACUAUGUAGAGUAGAUCAGCUUCUCUACAUCGUGGGUGAUAUCAUAGAUAAUAUAAUCUAUAUAUUAUCUAUGGGUGAUAAGCAAUAGGCAACAGUCGAAUGACGAAACUUGCAAGAGAUACCUGAUAACGAAUAUUGACAUUACUCAUUACCAUGACAAAAAGUUUUCAUGCUUAUUACUAUAAUAUAAUAAUAUUGUUCUACAAGUUGUGACAUUACUAUAUAUAAGUAUUCAAUUUUCAGUAUUUUAGUACUUUUAGAAUUUGUACUAGGCAUUUAGCGUUUUCUACUAUUUGAACUUUUUAUAUGUUUUCGGUUUGUCAAGUUGUAGACUAUAGUUCAAUAAAUUACAAUUUUAAAUUUAUUAUAUUAUAUUAAACUAAUUAGUUUUUGUAAUUUUAACUUGAAACAUUUUAACAGUAUUAUAAUUCAAGAUGAGUGGUGGAUCUUUGGAUGUAUCAAAAGCAGGAAAUGCUUUGUGGCUUGUUAAAGUACCUAAAUAUGUUGCAGAUAAAUGGGACAAUGCCCCGGGUAGCUUAGAUGUAGGUAAAAUCAAGGUAACAAAUACUAUACCAGGAAAAAGACCAGAUAUUUCGCUUCAUCUGUCCGAAGCUGUUUUGUGCUUGGAUGGUGAAAAAAACAACGAACCAAUACCUAAAUCAUUCAAAUUAGAUGUGUCACACUUUACUAGCCAAACAAUGGUUGCAUUAUCUGAACAUAGAAUGUCUUAUAAUCCUGAUGCAGUUGUUCAAGAAACAGAUAGGUUAGCUAUUCUAGGAAAAAUAAGUCAGAAACUAGAAUGUCGGCCAAUUGGAGAUAAGGUUUAUAUGGAUUUAAAAAAAGAAGCCAUACGGAAAGCACAUAUUCCAACCAGACAAGUUCAAAAGUUAGACAAAGUUGUGCAAAAUUUCAAGCCGAUAUCAGAUCACAAACAUAAUAUUGAAUAUAAUGAAAAGAAGAAGUCUGAAGGCAAAAAGGCACGCGAUGAUAAAGAUGCUGUCAUGGCUAUGUUGUUUAAGGCAUUUGAGAAACAUCAAUACUACAACAUCAAAGAUUUGGUUACACUAACUAAACAGCCUGUAGUAUAUUUAAAAGAAAUCCUAAAAGAAGUUUGUAAUUAUAAUCUGAAACAUCCUCAUAAGAAUAUGUGGGAGUUAAAACCUGAGUAUAGACAUUACAAAGAACAGGAAGAUAAUGAGACAAAUUAGUAAUAAUUGUAAUUUAUAUUAAACAUAACUAUAAAUAUUAUACCUACAUAUUUUGAAUCUUGUGAGUUUUAUGAAUUAUGAUAGAUUUAAAAUUAUUUUGUUAUCUAUUUGUUAUUGAUUAUAUCGCAGUUGUAAAAUCAAUUAGCUUUUACUUAAACAUUAAUACAAAUGUAUAUCAAAUAUGCUAAUGUCAAUUGAUAAUAAUUUAUUAGGUAAAUCCUAAAAUACUAGAUAAAUCAAUGUGUAAAUAUUGAAUAAAGAUACAGUGGUAUAACUUGUA